CCUGUUCACAGGAGGUUUAUUUAAAUUGAUAGUGGACCCUGCAUGUCACCCAGUCAGGGGCCAUAUGCCCAGCAGAGGUGAGUGGAAUGGGUGUACCGUAUAUGUUGUACCUCACAGAUCCCCUAAGGGCCCCCUCCGCUUGACUUUCCAUUUAGCUAGAAAGGAAGUAAACCGAACCCGUAUACAUAUAUAUAAUCCGGGGUAGGGGGAGCGGUGGACAGAAGACGUCUGCACAGAUCGUAGACAACGACACCUGCUGCGACCGGCACCACCCAAAGAUGAAUUUGAGGGACUACCAAUGGGAGGUCAUAGGCCCGGCCUUAGAAGGGAAAAACAUCAUCAUCUGGCUUCCAACGGGGACCGGUAAAACCAGGGCUGCUGUGUAUGUGGCAAUGCGGCACCUAGAGAUGAAGCGUGAUGCCAAGGUUGCUAUGAUUGUGAACAAGGUCCACCUGGUCCAUCAGCACUACAGCAAGGAGUUCCAGCCAAGUCUAGGAGACAGAUUUAAGAUUACUCCCAUAAGUGGGGACUCAGAAGAGAAGAGCUUUUUUGCUCAAUUUGUGAAGAAAUCUGACAUAGUCAUUUGCACUGCUCAAAUCCUGCACAAUUCCAUCAUAAGCGACUCUGAGGAAAAACACGUGGAGCUGACAGAUUUUACAUUACUGAUCAUAGACGAGUGUCACCACACACAGAAAGAUGCCGUGUAUAACAAGCUGAUGGAGAUAUACCUCGAGAAAAAGAUCGAUGGACAACAAAGGCUACCACAAAUUCUGGGGCUGACGGCUUCCCCGGGGUCGGGUGGGGCCAGCACCUUCGAGAACGCCGUAGCCCACAUUUUAAAGAUCUGUUCAAAUCUUGACACAUGGAAGAUAAUGUCACCGAAGACUUCAAUCAAGGAGCUCGAAGCCAAGGCGAAGCAGCCCUGCAAACAGUACGACUUGGUCCCCGAAAGGCACGAGGAUCCUUUUGGAGAUAAGCUGAAGAAGCUCAUGACCGCUAUACAUGACUAUAUGGGCGACACUGAAUACGAAAGAAAUUUUGGCACCCAGGAGUACGAACAGAAUGUAGUAUUGAUGGAAAAAAGUGGGGCUGAGGCCGGCGACAGGAGGAAGAGAACUUGUGCACUGCACCUCCGUAAAUAUAAUGACGCGCUCUUCCUCCAUGACACCGUAAGAAUGCAGGACGCUUACGACUUUCUGGACGAAUUCUACGUUAUGGAAAGGUUCUUAAAGAAUUCAACAGACGAGACAGACGUCUUCCUCUACAGGUUAUUUAAUGCGGAUGCCGGUGGACUUUUAGAAUUGUGCAGAAACAUCAAGUAUGAGAACCCCAAGUUGACGAGGCUGGAAAAGAUUUUGAAGGAACAUUUCCAGAACUCCUCCAACUCCCACGGAAUAAUCUUCACCAGUACGCGAAAAAGCACCCACUCUCUUCUCAAGUGGAUUAAGAGCAAAGCUUCCCUUCGAGAUCUCGACAUCAAGGCUGCAGUCUUAACAGGAGCGGGGUUCAGCAACCAAGGCAAACACAUGACACAGAACGAGCAGAAGGAAGUGAUCCAAAAGUUUCGUCAAGGCUCCCUGAAUCUGCUCAUCUCGACCAGCGUUGCCGAGGAAGGCUUGGACAUCCCAGAAUGCAACAUUGUUGUUCGGUAUGGCCUGAUGACUAAUGAAAUAUCCAUGAUGCAGGCAAGAGGCAGAGCCAGGGCGGAGGACAGCUGUUACUCCUUCUUGGCCGAAUCGGGAGGGAAAGAGAGUCGAAGAGAAAUGACCAAUGAGGCGUUGGAGGAUCUAAUGAACCGAGCCAUAAAAUAUGUUCAAGAUAUGCCAGAAGGAGAAUACGUGGCUAAGAUUAAAGAUCUGCAGAGGGAAUCCCUCACUGAGCGAUUGGUGAAACAAGCUAAAGAAGAGAGCAAAAAGAAGUUUUCACACGAGGACAUCCGCUUGGAUUGUCGGAACUGCAAUGCCGCUGUUGCCUUUGGGAAUGAUUUACGUGUGGUGGAAGUGACUCUUCAUGUGAAUAUUAACCCAAACUUUAAUGUUUACUAUGAAGAAUAUACAGAGCCUCUGGACUUGGGAAAGAAGAUGGAGAACUGGGUUCCUGGAGGUUCCAUCAGAUGCCGAUUUUGCAGGGCGCAUUGGGGCCUGAUAAUAAUCUACAGAGGAGUGUCCCUUCCCAGUAUAAGCAUCAAGAACUUUGUGCUCCAAACUCCUGAAGGUCCCAAAACGUGCAAACAAUGGAAAAACGUUCCGUUCUCUUUGGAGUUGUUUGAUUAUAAUGCGUACAAUGAAGAUGACUCUUCAGAUACAGAUGAUGAGUGAUUCUUAUGCCCUGGAGAGCAUUUCCAAAAAUGGACAAUUUGCUGCUCAAGACAUUCCGGAGAUUAUGACACAGAAAUCGGUUUUCCGGCAUGACAUAGCUUUAAAUUACAAGGCCAAAUCUUUCAAAGCCCUGAAGGCAUAACCGGGGGGUUUGGGGGCAAUUUUUUCUCAUCCCCUAAAAGAACACAUGGCGUUAAGAAUUAUAAUGGCCGUAGAGUUUGUAAUAGUGGGUUUGCCUUAAAAUCUUAAUGCUAAGUCUUGUUAUACAUGAGGGUUCUCAUCAAGUCUGAGGGACAUCUAUUCCAAUGGAGUCACUGAACAAAAAAGGAAUCUUGGUGGAUUUUGAGGACUGGAUCAGGGACCACCGGCCUAGAACACAUCAUUAGUCCCAACGUAUGUGGACUUCUGUUAGCAGUUCAUGGGUGAUGUAGCUGAUGGGGAGAGUUAGGCUAUAUUCAGAAGGCAGAAAUUCUGCCGCAAUUUAUUGUAAAUUCACUUUAAUGGGAUUCCACUGUCCCUUUCACACAGUGUAAAUUCCGCUUUUCCGCAAAAAUAUAAGAUCAGUCUUAUAUUUUUUUGAAUUCCGCCACAAAAUCCCGUUGAAGUCAACGGGCCUUGAAUUUUGGCAGAAUUCUGUGUUCUGAGAAUACAGAAAUUCCACCAGAAUUUGUGUGAAAUUGCAGAAAUUCCAUCAUCUGAACAUAGUCUAACUUUGUCUUUUUCAAAAAAUAACCCCCCCCCCCCCCCCUUGGCACUUAUUGUAUCCUUACUGACAUGGCUCUACUAAACACAACGAGCUCAAUUCUCCAUGGAACAAAAUUUGCGGCACUUUCGAUUUUGGAUACGUCUUCCUAUUUAGUUACCCAAUAAGAGAGCCUUAUGUGCCAUGGCGCAGAUUUACGGACAAGUGAAAGAUUCGACGCACUUUAUGCUACCGCACUUUAUGACAUAUAUCAUUUUGUAUUUACUGUAUAACUCUAAUGCCUGCAUUGUAUUUGCUUUUAUUUUCUUGUUCCACCCAUAAGGGAAGCUACUUCAGUAUGUGCAGGGGAAGUACGAAUAUUAAUAACCCUAACUCUAAAGCAGUGUAUGCUAACCAGGGUGCCUCCGGCUGUUGCAAAAAUACAACUUCCAGCAUAACCGGACAGCCAUGAGCUUGUCUGCCUCCUCCAGAGGAUCCACACUGUCCCUAAAAGGUACAUCAAGGCUUCCCUCUUAUCUCAGCAGAUUUUGGCUGUCCAGGCAUGAGUUGUAGUUUUGCAACAGCUGGAGGCACCCUGGUCAGGAAACACUGAUCUAAUGUUUUAAUUUAGAAAUGCAUCAUUUGAAUUACAGCUGUGUAAUACCCUAGUUCCCCUGCAGUGGUCACUGCAGGAUCAAUGUCUUGCGGAUUCUCGCAGCUGACUUCUAUUUAUGUGUAUCAGCCGCGCAACAGUCAAAUACGUACAACCCUCCCUGGGAGGAGGAAGAGUCAUAGUUUGUUGGAUUUCUAGUUGUAUAUGUGGGAUUUCUGGUUUUAUAUAUAAAGGUUUCCUCUACAAAUGUUUUUUUUUUGUGUUGUUCUGU